UCGACCAACGAGUUCACCCUUCCAACACUCUCUUUGCUCAGUUCCACGGGCAGAGGCGAAGCGAAGGACAGAGCCGAUGGCGGCUCCGAUCAGGUUUGGGAUCAUGGGAUGCGCGGAUAUUGCCCGUAAGAUUUGCCGCGCCAUCGGUCUAGCUCACAACGCCGCCGUAGUCGCCGUCGGCAGCCGAUCCGCCGACAAAGCCCGCCGCUUCAUCGCCGACAACGGCCUCCCGGAGAACACGCACGUCCACGGAAGCUACGAGGAACUACUCGAAGAUCCAGCCGUUGACGCCGUCUACGUACCGCUUCCUACGAGCCUCCAUGUCCAGUGGGCUGUCGCCGCCGCCGGCAAGGGCAAACACGUGCUUCUCGAGAAGCCGCCGGCCCUUAACGCCGCGGAGCUGGAUCGGAUUCUGGAGGCCUGUGAGGUUAAUGGUGUCCAGAUUAUGGACGGCACUAUGUGGAUGCACCAUCCCCGUACCGCCAAGAUGCGGGAGCUGCUCUCCGAUCCCGAUCGUUUCGGUCAAGUCAAAAGGACUAACAGCAUAUUUAGCUUCAAUGGGGACUCUGAUUUCCUUAAAAAUGACAUCCGAGUGAAGCCCGAUCUUGAUGGCCUUGGUGCUCUUGGUGAUGCAGGCUGGUAUUGUAUCCGUUCUAUAUUAUGGGCAAACGACUAUGACCUUCCCAGAACUGCCAUUGCAUUUCCCAACCCUGUUAAGAACGAAGCUGGGGUAGUUCUAUCCUGUGAUGCAUCUUUGCACUGGGAGGAUGGGAGGGUUGCAACAUUUCACUGCUCUUUUCUCGCUCACCUAACUAUGGAUCUGACUGUCAUUGGAUCAAAAGGAACACUGCAACUGAAUGACUUCAUUGUUCCUAUCGAACAGAAAUCUGCUCACUUUACUUUUGCUUCUGGUUCUUGCUUCGAUGAUCUGGUCGACUCAUGGACAACAUUUCCCAAAAAGCAUGUUGUCUCCACUGAUCUGCCACAGGAGGCUCUAAUGGUUUCUGAGUUUUCUAGUUUAGUUGCUGCGAUUAAAGAAUCUGGAGCAAAGCCUGACCAUAAGUGGCCUACCAUCAGCAGGAAGACUCAGGUUGUCUUGGAUGCAGUGAAAACUUCUCUUGACAGUGGUUCCAAGCCUGUUCAGAUUGUUUUCUAAGGUUUUGCUGUAUUGAGUGUUUUAAUGAUUACAGUUGCUCUGGAAAUUCCAGCUUUCUGGUAUUACAAAGAAAUAAGAGUUGUUUGUGUUUGAAGCAGUGAUUUAUCAGUGCCGUUAGUUUAUGGUUGUUUUGCAUUAUAUGAAAGUAUAAUGAAAAUGGUUUUCCAUGUUCAGUUUGAA